AUGUUUGAAGAUUGUUUAGGUCUUGAUGAGCGAGAGAGUGUGAGUGAGAUGAGUACAUGGGGCGUGUUUACCAUGCUGUUGCACUGGUGCAAGACUUAUACGGUUGAUAUGGCUGCGUAUUUGGUGGUUAAUGUGUUGUUUGUUCCAUUAAACAUUGCCACAGAUUUAUUCUUCCGUCUAUGUUUACUACCAUUCAAUUUGAUUUUGAAAGUGUUCUUGCUGGAUUCUCACGCAGAUUUGACGAGGAUAUUCAAGAAUCAACUCUCGCUUUGGAAUAAUUAUAUCAUAAUACUGACCACCAUACAAUAUUUACUCGUCGUGCUGAUCUUUACUCUCGUAAUGGGGAUCAUGACAGGUUCAUUCCUAUCCUUAUGCCAUGCUCUGUUUAGGAUACCGAACAUUUACAUCCAUAUCAAUCUCAAUCUUUUCAAAUGGCUCAAUAUCAAACAAUCUUCAAAGACAUCACCAUCAGCUGAUGAUAUAGAUGACCAAGUCUCUGACAAAUCCCCAUCGGCUACUCCCCUAGCAUAUAGAUUCCCUCAUAGGCACACAAAUACAGGGUCUGCCACUAAGAAUGAAAUCAUGCAAAUUGCAUCGAAGCUACCAAGCGAUUUCUUUAAUAGAGAAGAUAUUAAUCAAGAUUUUACGGGCUACCAGACUCCGUUACAUUCAAGGUCUAACUCGAUAUCCAUGUCGGAUUCGUCAAUGACAAUGCUCUUCAACGAUGAUUCGAUGAAUGCCAACACGUUGAGAACAAGUGAAACCACUGUAAUUAACAGGAAACCGAUCUUGAAAAAAGGCUAA